UAUUUAUUGCUAUGGUAGUCUGGUUAAGGGUUGCAUGUGUGUGUACAGUUGGAGGAGGGACAGCCCAAAGGGAAUGCAGAUAAGUAAAGCGAAAAAGAGCCGAUGUAUUCAGAGCUUAUGUUGCUAGAGGUGAGAUCAGUUACCUGUCUGCAACUGAAAUUUCAGACUUCUGUUUAGGAGGGACAUGAGUGGACAAUGGUGACUGAUAGUUGGAUAUAUCAGCAGACAUCUUAGGUUUUAUGAUCAAAUGAAUGAGCAAUGAACCAGGAGAGUAAGCAUAGUUUUUUUCAGCUACUUGUAAUUUUUACAAUUUUACUUAAAAUUUCAACAUCUUUUUCAAUGAAUGCCUAUGUGACUGUAACUUAUUACAAUGAAACCAGCAAUUACACUACCACAGAGACAUGUGAAUGUGGAGUUUAUGGAUUAGCCUCACCAGUGGCUAAUGCAAUGGGAGUGGUGGGUAUCCCUACGAAUGGUAAUUACCAAGCGUGUGACUACAACACUGAAUUUACUAAUACCAAGAAGCCCUGGAUCGCACUGAUAGAAAGAGGUAACUGCACAUUUUCUGAAAAAAUACAAACAGCAGGUAGAAGAAAUGCUGAUGCUGUUGUCAUUUACAAUGCUCCAGAGACUGGCAACCAGACAAUACAGAUGGCAAAUUUUGGUGCAGGAGACAUUGUUGCAAUCAUGAUCGGCAAUCUAAAAGGAACAAAAAUUCUACAGUCUAUUCAAAGAGGCAUACAAGUAACAAUGGUCAUUGAAGUAGGGAAGAAACAUGGCCCAUGGGUGAAUCAUUAUUCAAUUUUCUUCGUUUCUGUGUCCUUUUUCAUUAUUACGGCAGCAACAGUGGGCUAUUUUAUUUUUUAUUCUGCUAGAAGGUUACGGAAUGCAAGAGCUCAAAGUAGAAAGCAGAGGCAAUUAAAGGCAGAUGCUAAAAAAGCUAUUGGAAGGCUUCAACAACGCACACUGAAACAAGGAGACAAGGAAAUUGGUCCUGAUGGAGACAGCUGCGCUGUGUGUAUUGAACUAUAUAAACCAAAUGAUUUGGUGCGCAUUUUAACCUGCAAUCAUAUUUUCCAUAAGACUUGUGUGGAUCCAUGGCUUUUGGAACACAGGACUUGCCCCAUGUGCAAGUGUGACAUUCUCAAAGCUUUGGGAAUUGAGGUGGAUGUUGAAGAUGGAUCUGUGUCUUUACAAGUCCCUGUAUCUAAUGACACAUCAAACAGUGCCUCACCCCAUGAAGAAGAUAAUCACAGUGAGACUGCAUCAUCUGGAUAUGCUUCAGUACAGGGAGCAGAUGAACCACCUCUGGAGGAACAUGUGCAGUCUGCAAAUGAAAAUCUACAGUUAGUCAACCAUGAAGCAAGCUCGGUGGCAGUGGAUGUCGUUCCUCAUGUUGACAACCCAACAUUUGAAGAGGAUGAAACUCCCAAUCACGAGACUAAUGCUCGAGAAAUUAAAUCAUAAAAUCUGUGUCAUUAGAAAACUUGAACCUUUAGUAAUAACAGGACUGCCAAUCAGGGCCCAGUUGACUAUUAAUGAACUGGGUAAACUUAAUAAAUAAGAAUGAUACUGAAAGUGCUGAGAUGACUAAUAUUACACUAUAGUUAAAUGGCUUAAAAUAUUUAACCUAUUAACUUUUUCCCACAGACUCAUUAUAAUGUUUUUCAUAGGCAAGUUUUCUCUCUAUAGUGAUAGCAACAUUUUUAAAUAUUCAAAACUGUCUUCAAGUAGUUAUGUUUUUCAUUUAUAAUAACAUUCUUAUAAAAUAUGUUGCUUUUAAAAUGUGGAAUAGCUGUAAUCACUUUAUUUUGUGAUGGUGUCUUAAUUAAAAAUACUACUACUUUAGCUUGGGCUAUAUGUGUCAGGGUUUUUCUCCAGGUGCUUAUAUUGAUCUGGAAUUGUAAUGUACAAAGCAAUGCAAACUUAGGCUAGUUCUUUAUGAAAUGUCUAUGUAAACUACAUUAAGUUGAUAGAACAAGAUUAAAGCAAAAUGCUCAUUUUAACUUUUUCUUCAUUUUCAAAUUAGGCUAAAUGUAUUUCAUCUGAGUGUCAAGCAUAGUUUUUCAGAGAAUAUGGACUGAAUUGGUUGACUUAAAUGUAUUAGUUAUGCCGAUUUGACAUAAGAUUAUAGACAAAAAGGUUUCUUACAAAAUAUCUCAAACUUGUGGGAUUUUCAAAGCACAGAAUCAAAACAACCAUAUUAUUUGGGUAUAGUAAUGACAGAAUAAAACACACAAAAAUUGGUACUUGAUCUUUGUGCAUGAAUUAGUCUAUAGAAAUUUUUGAUUAAAAUAGUCUAAAAAAUGUUUUCCAAAUAAUGUUGACUUGGAAAAUUAAGUUUACAUUUGGCCUAAGUAGGCUCAGAAUAUAUUAAACUAAAAUUCUGUUCAUGUACCUAUAAUUUUGUGAAUACAUUUUGUUGGAAUUUGAAAAAGAAUCAAGGGAAGGGGGAAAUUCCAGGUGCCUUAAUAUAAAGUUUGAAGCUUCAUCCACCAAAGUUAAAUACAGCUAUUUAAAAAAAAAAAAACUGCACUUUAUUUGUAUUCUGUGUGGCUUGACUUUUAUUUUAGCUUUGUUUCCAAUACAGAUUCCAGCAGAAUUUAGAUAAAAAUAGAACAGACAUGUAUUUUUGUUUGCUGAAUGUAGAAUGGAUGAAACCAUUGCAUUCUUGUACACUGAUUUGAAAAUGCUGUAAAUAUGUCCUGAUUUGUAUUGAUUCUCUUUAAAUAUAAAAUGUAAAUAAAAUAUUCCAAUACAGA